AUGGAUACGUUACUUACCGCGGAUAUCGUCGCCAACUCCCCGCGAUUCCGGCGCAAGUCGUCGACUUUCGUCGAUGCAAUUCACGACCUGCCUGAAAAGGCCGAUUUGGCUCCCGCACAGCUCUACAGCACCGAAUCCGGCCGACUCUUCCACUCCGGCCGCAUUGUCAUCAUCACGGUAGGAUUACCGGCAAGAGGCAAGACGCAUAUGUCGGUCGCUCUGGCACGUUACCUUCGCUGGUUAGGUGUCAAGACAAGAAUAUUCCACCUCGGCGAUUAUCGACGUGCUACCAUCCCCUACGGCCAAGAUAUCCCUGAUGACUACUUCUUUGUCAACGCGUCGGCUUCGUCUGUGCUCCUAAGGCAGAAGAUUGUUAAGCGAUGUCGCGAAGAUAUAUACCACUUCUUGAAUCAUGAGAAUGGGCAGAUAGCGAUAUACGAUGCAGUCAAUCCCAUCGCUUCGGGACGACGGUCACUCGCCAAGGAAUUCUCCAAGCAUGAUAUAGAGACUCUAUUCAUUGAAUCGUGGUGUGACGAUGAACGUAUAAUCGAGGAGAAUGUCCGACGGGUCAAGAUAUCCUCACCCGACUACGUAGGGUGGUCUUCAGAAGACGCGGUCAAACAUUAUUUGACUAGGAUAGCUGCCCGUAUCCCCCAAUUCCAGACUAUGGAGGAGACGGACCUGAAUUACAUCAAGAUGAUCAACGCAGGUGAACGUUUGAUUGUAAACAACAAAAGCUUUGGCUAUCUCUCUAAUCGGAUUGUGUUCUACCUCUUGAACCUCCAUAUCAAAUCAAGACACACGUAUUUUGCCAGAGCCGGUGUUUCACUGGAAGCAGGCUCAUACAAAGCGGAUGCCUCACUAUCCGAGCAAGGAGAGGAGUACGCCAAAAAGAUGACAGAGUGCUUGCUGCAGCACAGGGAGGCUGAAAGACAAGCUAUGGCCGAUCAAGGGGAGAAAGACUACGAACUAAAGCCGCUGACAGUCUGGACGUCUACGCGACGGAGGACAGUCGAAACCGCCAAGUAUCUCCAUGAGAAAGGAUACAAAGUACGGCAGCGAUCACAAAUGAGCCAGUUGAACCCUGGGGUAUGCGAGAUGAUGUCGGAACGGAAAAUCCGCCAGGAGUAUCCGGACGAGGUGGCGAAGCAUGAUCUUGACCCCUAUCACCAUCGUUACCCUCGAGCAGAGUCCUAUCAUGACCUUGCGGUACGGCUGGAGCCGAUUAUCCUGGAGCUUGAGCGCGAGCAGAAUGAUCUCUUGAUUAUCGCGCACGAGAGCGUAUUAAGAGUGCUUUAUGGAUACCUGAUGGCAUGCAAUGCAGCCGACAUUCCAUUCCUGGAGUUCCCACGGGACGAGAUAAUUGAAAUAAUACCCGAAAGCUAUCAGAACGAGGCGCGCCGAAUCCACAUCCCUGGUCUACCCAAAGAGAUCAUCCCUGGCUCACCCGAAGACAUCAAGAUUCCCGUCCCGCCGAGUGGGAUGAUGACCCCGCUGGCUGGGGGACUUGGCAGCCCAAAGGAAGGCCUCGCAACGCCGCAGAGCGGCCUUCGAACUCCUCGGGAGCCCGAGAGGAUCUCACAGCAGCAUGGCUCGUGGACAAGGCGUAGUUAUUGCGGCGAGGAUGGAGAUGGAGGGGUUGACAAAAGACGGGGUCCGGAUUUCUCGCAGCUUAUCGAUAAGCCGCCCAGUUUGCCGGCACAAAAAGUCGGCUGGCUGUGCGAUCCAUUCGAACAUGGUUGGUUGGUGACGAACAAGCCCACCCCUCACUCUUACUUCCUUCCCUACGAGCUCUUCAUGGUCUCCAUCACGACUGAGUACAUCAGCGUCGGGGGCAAUAGGCAUCCCGCCGCCGCUGAUUGGGACGUCCAGUCAGGCGUGCUUGCCUUUGGCGCAGAUAACAAUGUAGCUCUCUGGGAUCCUCGAGAGAGCUCCCAGCGCGGGGUCUAUUCGCUUCUUGUCGGCCACACCGACAAGGUCAGUGUCGUUCGGUUCUACACAUGCCCUUCUACCGGAGCAAGACUUCUCUUGACUGGCUCUGUUGAUCAUACGGUCCGGUUAUGGCGCCCCGAUUCAGAAAACUCCCGCCAAUUCGUCCACGCGCAUACUUUGGAAGGACAUACCGGCUCAGUCAAUACCAUCGCCAUAGCCGAAGGAUUGGACAUCGUCGCAUCGGGCGCAGCUGAUGCUACUGUGAAGAUAUGGAAGAUCAGCACGCAGGGGGAGCCGAAGGGCGAGCUCUUGAGAUCUAUUCCCAUGAAGCCACGCUUCUUUCCGUUGGCUUUGGCGUUGACACCGCUUCGAACGGAGUCGAAUGACAGACCUGUGGCUCUGGCGGUGGCAGGGACCACAAACAUCGUGCAGGUAUAUGUAGCAGAGAACACUCUUGUCCACCCCGAUUUCAAGCUUGCGGCUGUGCUGUCCGGACACGAGGCGUGGGUGCGCUCCUUGUCUUUCACGUCGGAUAAGCAGAGCAAGACGGGUGAUCUGCUAUUGGCCUCAGCCAGUCAAGACAAGUAUGUUCGACUCUGGCGAUUUCAACGUGGAGAGGUUACUCAGGCCACGCCGGCGUGUGAUGACGAUCCUAUGCUGGGUGGCUUCGAGCCGACGCUAUCGAACAAGGCGCAUCAGUUCACCGCGGCGGGGACCAAAUACUCUGUUACAUUCGAAGCUCUGUUGUUCGGAAACGAGGACUGGAUUUACACGACUGCGUGGAACCCUGACCCAGAGCGCCAGCAACUUCUCACUGCUUCGGCAGACAACACAUUGACCAUUUGGGAACAAGAUCCGGUCUCGGGAGUGUGGCUUUCUGCCGAAAGAAUGGGAGAGAUCAGUGUUCAGAAAGGUUCCACUACAGCUACUGGUAGUACUGGUGGGUUCUGGAUUGGUCUUUGGGCCCCAGACGGCAAGCAAGUUGUAAGUCUGGGCCGCACUGGAAGCUGGCGCUCGUGGAAAUAUGAUGCGGAAACCGAUAUGUGGGCGCAAUCCCUGGGUAUCUCAGGGCAUGUGCGAUCAGCCAACGGGGUCCAAUGGGAGCCUACUGGAGGAUAUCUCCUGUCGACAAGUGCGGAUCAAACGACACGUCUGCAUGCCCAGUGGCUGCGGGAUGGACUGAAGUCAUGGCAUGAAUUCUCACGACCUCAGAUUCAUGGCUACGAUUUGAAUUGCGUGGACACUCUGGGCCCGGCUCGGUUCGUGUCCGGUGCCGAAGAGAAGCUAUUGCGAGUGUUCAAUGAGCCUGGGCCUAUCGCACAGCUCCUAGAGAAGCUUUCUGGCUUCAAACAGACGACCGAAGGAGCACUGCCAGACACAGCACAGAUCCCCGUCCUGGGAUUGUCGAAUCAGGCCCCGGCCGAUGAUGCGCCUACAGGUGAAGACGGAGUGGAGGGUGAGGAAGUUGGAAAAGCUCAGGCUAAUCAGGCGCUUUUGGCGGAAUCAAACCAACCGCCAUUGGAAGAUCAGCUGGCCCGCUACACAUUGUGGCCAGAGCAUGAGAAGCUGUAUGGUCACGGAUACGAGAUUUCAGCUGUGGCCGUCAGCCACGACCGCACACUAAUUGCCACCGCGUGCAAGGCGAGUUCGAUUGAUCAUGCCGUGGUGCGUCUGUACGACACGUCGGACUGGCACGAGAUUCGUCCAUCUCUUGCCGCGCACACCUUGACCAUUACUAGUCUCGCUUUCUCCAGUGACGACCAGUACCUUCUGAGUGUCGGGCGUGACCGGCAAUGGGCUGUUUACCAACGCAGCGAACAGGACCCCUCUACAUUCUCCCUUCUAACUUCGAACCCCAAGGGCCACUCCCGAAUGAUCCUCGAUGCCGCAUGGGCACCUGCGUCGGGCAAGCCCAUCUUCGCAACCGCUGGCCGGGACAAGUCAGUGAAGCUGUGGCAAAUGACCGAAGGCUCUUUUGAGUGUAAAUCUACCAUCCCGUUGACAACGCCUGUCACUGCACUGGCGUUCCUUUCGCAGAUAUUCAACAACUCCUUCUUUGUGGCCACGGGCGAGGAAAGCGGGGCAGUGUCUGUCUACCAGGUUGCAGUCGACAGUUUGGAAGCCAGCCAUUUGUCGAGUAUCGACAAGCUUUCAUCACCAUCGAAGGCGAUCACGCAGCUAUCCUGGCGGCCGGUCCCUGAUGCAGACACACGGAAUUUUGCAUUGGCGGUAGCAAGCGAGGACACUUCAACUCGGAUAUAUAGUUUUUCGGACAUGGUCUCAUAA